CUUUGCAACGUCAUCACACCGCGCUGAGAUACAAGAUGGCGGUGUUUACGUUUUUAGAUUCGGAACGAAAGCUGUGAUUCAUUGAGUUCGAUGAUCACAAAGCUUUUCAUGACCUUAUAUCCACUGUUGUGGUUUUAAUAUAACCUGACACUGUUCACCAUUAGCAUAUUAUAUAAUAACCCACGAUGAGGUCAGACGUGGAGGACCUCAUGCCCAGGCUGCUGCCCAUCGAGACUGCGAACAAAACGGAAGCUUUGAGACUCAACGAGGGUGCCCCUCGAAACCCGCAGGAAUAUCUAAGACAAGUCCAGUUGGAGGCGUCCUUGUGUCCAGAGGUUGUGGUGGCCCAGAUUGAUCCCAUGAAACUGAGGAAAGCACAGACCGUCAACGCAUCCGUCUCCGGCUGCCAGGCCGCUCCUGAGGGCUUGUCCCCCAGCCUCGGAUGGCAGCGGCAGCAAGUCGCUAACUUCUCAGACGUCAGACAGAGUAUUGCCAAGCAUAGGAGACAUUGGAGCACCCAGACACUGGAUGAAAACGUGGUUAUGCCCAAACUUUCAGAUGAGGAGGGUUGGAAGACGUUUUGUUUAGGUGAGACAGUCUACAAGGCCACCGCAGCGAGCGGAACACACCUGGAGCCCAGCAGUGCAUUGGACUACAGCAAGAUGGGUUUCCCACCUUUCCUCAGUAUUGUCAGCAGGCUCAACCAGACUACAGUCCUGGCUUUGCUGGAGAUUCUUGUCGGCUGGUUUGAAGAGGCUGAACUUGUUCCUCAGUUGGGUCGCUGGUUGUAUGCACUGCUGGCCUGCUUGGAGAAGCCUCUGAUCCCUGAAGCCCACUCAAUAAUAAGACAGCUGGCCAGGAGAUGUGGCCAGCUCCGCACCACAUUGCCGAGUCAGGAAGACACAAGGCUGCCUGCCCUCAACCUCCUCAUCUGCCUCGUGGCCAGGUAUUUUGAGCAGAAUGACUUGGCAGACCAGCACGAGUGAACCAGACGAAUGAGCCCAUCAAUCAAUCAAUCAAUCAAUCAGCCAAUCACCUAUACCCAACACAACAGAGGACUCUGAUCUUAACGGGAUGGGAGGGUUCUGCAGGCUCCUCCCACCAAUGAGACCUGAUGCCAAAUUCAUCAGAGAAGGCCAACUUACUAAACAUAGAAAACGCUUGUCAAUACCGUGACAUUGCUUGGAAGUAUUUAUGAUUGGCUUGAAAGGCCAAAUGCAGUUCCUCUUACCCAAGCUGUGUUGACUGGUCCAGACAUUAACUCCGAGCGUUGAUGCCCAGGAUCCUAGCUUUCCAGGGUGAAAUGUUUUAUCAUGUCUGGCUCGACUCCACAUCGGGCUGAAGCCGGACUGGACGUCCUGAGCGGGACGUGAUGAUAUAUUCUGAAUUGACUCACUCUUUGCCUUAUGCUGAUCUUUGGAUGUAAAUGAUUGUGUUUAUUAAAUAAUGAUUUUGACUU